GCUUCCACUGCACUAAGUCUCAGGGUCAAGGGUCAAACAGUAGAUGAUUCCAUGGCAGUUGGCAGCCUCGACAGCAGCCAGCCCAGGUAGAGGGGUGGAAAGUGGGACUGAUCUUCUCUGUGCGCUACUUUAGCUUCUCACUGCCAACCCCUCCGCAAUCACUGAAAGUCGAGAUUUUGCCCUACUUCCUGUGACUAAUCACAUCAGAAGAGAAGAGCCAUGUGAGAGAUUGGUGGUGGUCAGCUUGAAAUCCCCAGUCACAAUGGCGCAAAUCAGAAAUGUCCAGGCCACCAACAUGUUAUUCUCCUCGUGGGCCUUGGUCUUCUUGGUGACGGGAAUCAUCUUAGAACAGUGGGUUGAACUGAAGUUGGGGCCAGAAAAGCCUAGCCUACCCCACAGCCCAUGGAUAUGUUGCACUACUGAUUGGCCAGAAGGUCAGAGCUAUACUAUGGAAAAGAGGUGGGCGGAGGGGAAGAGUUCGUCCUUCCUUGACUUCCAUUCAUCUCACCGUUAUUUGCUAGUGCAAAUAACUUCUGGUGGCCUGAAGGUGGUCAGGGACAUGAUGCUUUUGGUCUUCAGCCUUUCCUUGCUUCAUAACCUGCUUCUGGGUUUGGAAUUCACCUAUAUGAUUCCUCAAACUAAACAUAUCCUCUUCAUGACUGCCUCCCUCAGUUUCUUCACAGGUGCCCUUCUGCUCUCUGCACUGGUGCUGUAUCAACACCACCUAAGGCAAGCUGAAUCUGUGUAUCACUGUAGUUACAGAGUCACCUGGAACUUCUUCAUUGCUUACUCAACUAUUUUCUUCUUUAUUGCCUCUGGGAUGACCGUUAACAUCCUGAUGAAGGAGAGUGGCUGA